CGCACUGGGACUGUUGAAAACUGCGUCAACUUCAUGUUUUGACAGCUAAAGUUUGUGAAGAUUUGUGAAGUUUUCGGACAUGAGCGAAGAUGGAUGAGGACGAUGGAUUCGAGGUCCCGCAGAGGAACGAGUAUCGCUACCUGGUGCAGGAGGACGAGGAGGAGGAGGUGCAGUACGUCCGGCACCGCCACUACAUCAGCCCCUUCCUGGUUCUGUCCAAACGCUGCAUCCUCCUGAUCUGCCUCGGCGUGGUCGCCCUGCUGGCGCUCGCCGCCUACCUGGGCUACGUGGCGCAGACGCUGCCGCCGGGACGCGCCCAGGUGUCGACGGACUGCGGCGAGUUCAGAGGAAAACAUGAAAAUGGGGCCUACUCCUUUAAGGGCAUUCCCUUCGCCGCUCCGCCGGUCGGGGAGCGGCGCUGGGCUCCUCCAUCCGACCCGGCGUGCAAGCAGGGCGUGACGGACGCCACGCGCUUCCGCAGCGUUUGCGCUCAGGUGCAGCCGAUGUCGAGCGCGGGGAAGGUGAUCGGCCAGGAGGACUGCCUGUUCGUCAACGUGUGGACGCCCACGCUGCGGCCCGGCGCCGCGCUGCCCGUCAUGGUCUGGAUCCACGGAGGAUCCCUGCAGACGCUCAGCGGCGGCGAGCCCGGAUACUCGCCCACGGAGAAGCUGGCCGCCGACACUCAGCUGGUUUACGUCAGCUUCAACUACAGACUCAACGCCUUCGGCUUCCUGGCGCUGGAGGUGUUGAGAGAAGGUUCUCCAAGAAACACCUCAGGGAACUACGGUUUCCUGGACCAGAUCGCGGCGCUGAACUGGGUCCGGAACAUCCGCAGGUUCGGAGGUGACCCUGGAAGGGUCACGAUAUUUGGACAGAGCUCAGGCGGGACGUCGGUGUGGACCUUGAUGACGUCGCCGCUGGAGGGUCUGUUUCACGCCGCCGUGGAUAUGAGCGGCUCGUACGUACUGAAUGCCACGCUGGAAAAAGCCGAAUCGGACAACCUGGUGUUCCUGGAGAAGACGGGCUGCAAAGACCUGGCCUGCCUGCGAGGUCUGUCCAUGAGACAGGUGCUGCAGGCCGUCCCAUGGGACCAGUACCCAUCCUGGGCCGGACAGGAUCUAACCGAUCUCCCCACCAGGGGGCGCCUCAUCGGGCCGGUCGCAGUGGUGGACGGGUUCGUCCUGGAAGCUCCGCCUUUCGAGGUUUGGGAGAAAAAGCAAAACUUCAGCGACGUGCCGUUUGUGGUCGGGACGACGGAGCAGGAGGCAGACUUCAGUCCUCCUGCCCUGAACAUCUCUGAGUGGACCUGGGGGGACUACAGCUGGUUUGUAAGGGAAAAGCUCCAGUCCUUCGGUCCGAAUCUCCCUAAAGACGCUCUGGAUCUGUACCCGUCCUCGGCCCCCUGUCCCACCAGAGACCGCUGUCCGGAGAGGGCCUUCACCACCAUGGUGUCUGACAUCAGGGUCACCUGUCCCAACAACGACCUGGCCAGGAGGGCCGCAGAGGCUCUCAGGAGUCCGGUGUAUCGAUACGUUGUGACCCACACGCCCUCCGGACCCGUCAACACGUCCAGCCGGCUGCUGCCGUUUCCCAGCCGCUUCUCCUUCCACUGCCUGGAUGUUCUGGCUUUCUUUGGAGGACUGGACCGCUUCCUGGCCAAACCGCUGUCUCCUCAGGACCGCAGCUUCCAGCAGCUCUUCACUCACCACCUGGUCAACUUCGCCAAAACAGGGAGGAUGGAGGCGGCGUGGCCGGAGUACCCAUCAGCCAUUGCUCUGCUGUCGGAGAAGCUGGAGGUGAAGAAGAACAACUCGUCCUCUCGCUGUGAGCUGUGGGAGAAGAACGGUCUGUUCGCCUACGCCUGGAUGAACUGAGCUGCUGCUGUACAGGUCUCCACCCUGACUGACGUUCUUCAGAUUAAAUCGCUCGUUUGUUGUGACUUUUGACGUCUAUGAACCACUUCGGCUGAUGGUAGAUUAAUAGUCCAACCGGAUCGGUUCAGAAACAUGACGGAUGUUUCUGGGUGGAUUCACGCUUCAGUCUGCCUGACGGAGCUGAAGACCAAAGAAAAGUAGGAAAUGAGAGAAUUCAGAUGUUUAAGAUGGUGACAGAAAUAAUACUUUCCAGAUCCAUAAAGGAAAAAAACAAUCAGAACUGUAGGUGGCGACAGACCAGUUCAGCUGCAGCUGAUGUUUUAUUAAUCUUCACAUUCGCUCAUAAAACUCCCCAGAAACAAAUCUCUAAAUAAGUAAGUUCAUAAAUUACUGAAUUAACUGUUUUCAAAAGAAACGGAAAGUACAUUUAAUGUAAAAAAAUACUUUAUUUAAGGCUGUUGAUGCUGAUGGCUGUAAGCUGGACGGAUCUUUUGUAGCAGUCUGUGUUACAGGGGCGCUGAAGAAGCCUCUGUAAAAGUGCUUUCAGAAGUAAAAAUAGAAAUGAAAUAAUACCCAAAAGACUUAAAAAUAUGUGAACUCUUGACACAGUUUCACCUUUGGUGAAAGUUGAAAUGUUCCAGGUAGCGCUGAGCCCUGCUAAGCUGGACACAAGAAGCUCAAAGAGGAUUUAAAACACAAAAAAAAAAAAAAAAAAACAUAACAAUCACCUUUUUUAUCAAAGUCUUAUGACUUUGUAACGUCCUGUUACAAAGUCAUAAGAAUAUCUCUUCUAAUUAAAGAUAAUUUAACCACUCCAGGGAUGAAGUGGUUAAAUUCUGCAGUGGUUAAAAGCAGCUGCAGAGAGGUUGAUGCUUCACACCUGCUCCCCGUCUCGUCCCUCCCUGAUCACAGUGGACAGACGGCAGAAACAAGCAAACAAAUCAUUCAAACAGAAAUAAAAACAGGUCAAAAUGUAAAAAAUAUUAAAAACUUCAGGCAUAAAGAUUUUUAGAGUUGAUGUCUGAAAAUCUGCAUCUCUAUUAUUUUUUAUAUUUUCUUCCUAUAAGUUUUUGAAAUUAUUCCUUUAAUUGGAAUUUUCCAUUUUUCCCUCAGAGUUGAACAUCUUCUCUCUGUACAUAUCUUUGUCUGCCGCCAAGUGAUGAAGGCAGAAGCAACAGAAAGAUUUUUAACAUAUUUGAACCAUUUUUAGUAACUGGCCACAUUGAGACAUGAAACUGAUUUCAACCUCUAAACAUUAAUACAUUAUUGAUCAAGUUGUGAUAAAAGUCUAAUAUUUUUUUGUACAAAAAAAGAAAAAUCACAAGGCAUGACACUGUCACCGCCGUGCUUCAGUGUAGCGUUGCCAUGAUGAUCAGCAGGUGUAAAGCUUC